UUGAAUUCCUAUUUUACAGGUGUUUGGGCGGCUUGUUCUAAACCAGUAAACCUCUUCAUUACUGCACCAAAGAAGAUAGAAGCACUGGAAGGAUCUUGUUUACAAAUCCCAUGUAACUACAGUACUGGAGAUAGAGGAUAUGCUAUAUUUGACAAAACCAGACAGUUAUUUGGAGUUUGGAUUAAAAAUAACGUUGAUUUUCAAAAACAUCCAGAUAAUGUGAUUUUCAACAGUAGUAAACAAAAUAACAUCUACCCCAUAAACAUUACUGGAGACCUGAGAGAGAACAACUGCACCAGUUUGUUCUCUAAUUUGAACAAAAGUCACUCAGACAUGUACUUCUUCAGGAUCGAGAACGGAUCAUUUAUAGCAACAGCUGCUUGUGAUGGUGUUCAUAUAACAGUUAAAGAUUAUCCUUGGAGCCCCACAAUCACCAUCUCAGGUGAUCUGAAGGAGAAUGAGCGUGUCACUAUAACCUGCUCAGCUGUCACUCCCUGUCCACACUCCCCUCCUGAACUCACCUGGAAUCUCCAACAAGACUCUCACACACAAACAGAGAAAAACAAAGAUGGAACCUUGAAAACUAAAAUCCAGAAGAUCAUCACUCUGUCAGACACACAUGAUGGAUACACCAUCAACUGUUCUGCCAGAUAUCCUGUGAAGGGAGGACAAUAUUUCAAGACAUCAUGGACAGUAAAGACUCUCAAUGUGUCAUAUGCUCCUAAGAACACCUCAGCAUCCAUCAGUCCAGCAGGUUUGGUGUCAGCAGGUAGCUGGGUGAACCUGACCUGCUCCAGCAGAGCCAAUCCUCCCGUCAGCAGCUUCAGCUGGUUCAAGAAAAGAGAACAUGGAGACAUGGAAGUAGCUGAAGGAGACUUUUACAGCCUGAAUGUAACAGAUGGAGGAGUUUAUUACUGUGUGGCCAAGAAUAGUGUGGGGAGUCAGACAUCACCAGAUAUCCAUCUAAAUGUUGACGGUAAAUACUUAACUGCUCAUAAUCUUAUGGUAUGCCCUUUGUAAUGUAAUUCAUGAUGAAGAUAACAUUUUGUCACAUUUAGCUUCAAAUAAUGCUAAGAAAAAGUGUUGUGAUGUUUUUUAAGUCACUGUUC